UCUGCUUAAAAAAUUGUGCCCGCUUCUCCCAAAGAGCAGUUAAAAGAGUAUCUGCUAGAUUCACAGACGUCCGAGCAAGUAGUAUCACAAUGAGCUGCAUCCAAUGAAUUUUCUUUCGGCCUUUUACAUGAGAUGAAAACUGCUAGUCAGCUCCUGAGGGAGGCUGAGGGUAUUAAGAGUCGUCUGAGCAAUUGCUCCCAGCUUGUGGGCAACAAUGAAGCAUGGGCCAUCCAACACCAGCUCCAGGUUGUUUGUGGGCAGUUACUUGUUCACUGGAUUGAGGUUGCACUUGACCAUGGAGUGGAACGUGACCUUUGGAACUUAGGCUUCAGGAAUACAAUUACGCAACUCCAAGCACAAGCAAAAGAUAAACAGGGAGGGUCAUCAGAAGCCCGAGAUCUCCUUGGAUGGUUCCUAAAUUCAGCCAGUGGCUUCUACUUGCAACUUUUCAAUCAAAUAUGCUCAGAAUAUGGCCUUGAUUUACCUUUCAGAAGGAAAGAUAGUAUAUAUGGAGCAGUUGAACUCAAUGGUUCCACUAAAGACAAAAGUAAAGGAAGUAGCCUUAAAAAUGCUCUUUACUUGUGUCAGUACUGUUUGGUGCAUUUGGGGGAUCUUGCCAGGUACCGCCAUCAGGCUAAGCAAGCUGAAACAUAUUACAGGCAUGCUGUUGUCGUAGCUCCUACAAGUGGUCAUCCGUAUAAUCAGCUUGCAUUACUGGAAGCUGGUCGAGGCAACCGACUGGCUGCUGUGGCCUUGUAUGUGCGAGCAAUGUGUGUACCAUGUCCCUUCCCUGGUGCUCCUGCAAACCUAACUCAAACACUCUCAAAAUUGUUAUCAACAAGCAACAGCCAAGAGUUGGGAGGAUCAACACGUGUAACGGGAGAAGAGUACACCCAUCUCUUUCUUCAGUGCCAUGCAAGGCUCUAUUUACAUGGAGAUGUUAGUAGUGCAAGAGAGGCUCUCCCAACCCUCUGCUCAGCACUCUCAACUCUAGUUGCAACAAAUGCCUUUACCAGAACUAGCCUCAUCCAGAUUGUGCUUGUCAACUUGUUUGCCCUGAGCUAUUUUUCUGGAAGCAUAAAAGUGAAACAUGUUGAAGAAACUGGGAGCAGUGGCAGGAAAGAUGAUGAGAAACCAGAGAAAUAUCAGGAUCCCAAAGAGUGUGAAGGAUGUCUUCAUGUGGUGGAAGAGCUUACUGUUGGAGUGCUUGCGGCUCUACUGUUACCUGUACAUACGAUACGUGAUCCCGAUCAGCUUAUGACCUAUCCAGCCCUUCCUGCAGUUCGACUCUUAUUUGAAUGGGUACGCUUUGAAGGUGGGUUUUUUGUGUCUGCUGCGAUGAAAGGCAAACAGCAGAUAUGGCCUGGGCUUUGUACAUUAGUCAAUAACCUCCAGCAACCUUUAGCAUCUUUUUCACCUGGCAAAUACACUGAUGUACCCUUAACUGAGGAUUGGGAUCUACAAGGAUUUGAACCUUUGCAGAAAAUGCUUAGUAAAUACAAAUACCGUGAAGGGCUUUCAAAACCAAGUCCAGAGGAAUACAAUCUUAUCAGAGCUUCCAGACUUACUGACAUAGCCAAAUGGUUUGCAGAGCAAAGUAUAGAUGGAAAUUGUGUUAUUAAAAUUCGCGAAGGUAGUGAUAACUCGUCAUCUGGUGGUAUAAGGUUUGAACCUAUGCAGCACACGAGUCCUCCAGUGGAUGAAGUACGAGCUUUAGAGCAACUGUCCUUGCAGCCCAAACCUCAGGAAAAACAGUCUGGAAAAAAAGGAAAAAUGGGGAUCUUGAAGCCUCAGGGGUCACUGGAACGUGCCAGAGAAACACGAGAUCAGCAACAAGAUCAAGCAGAGCCAGCUGACAAAUCACCAUUGACACCUGAAGCCAAGGACUCAAGAGAGCAAGGAAGUGGCAUGAUAAUCAAAGUAGUAGGGCCUGUCAACCAGUUACAAAAUCCUGCCACAGUUCAGUCACAACCAUCAAUGGGACCUGGUCCUAAUCAAUCCCGUCCUCGAACCCGCACCAAUGUUGCUCUUCAAGCUAUCAUGAAGAGAAACUCUGCUAUGCAGGAAGCCAAGCAGGUCACCUUCAAGACCCCCUCUCCAGCUAUUUCUCCAAAUCCAUCUGAGGCCUCAAGUGACAGUCACAGAAGCCAGCUUUCAACACCACCUCUUCAUCCGCCAUCUUUGCAGCGGGAUCCAAUGUCAAGUUCUCCCAUGCCACAUCACCUUAGUCAAAUGUUCCCAAUCACUCCCAGUCAGGAUCAGGUCUCCCCUUAUCCUCGACAGAACCAAGGGGAUGAGGGACAUUUCAAUACACAGCAAUAUAAAACACAACCUCCCCCACCUCCAUGGAAUUUAGGGACUGGUCUGGCAGGAAACAUACCCUCACAGCAUGGUAUGGGUAUGCCUCAGCACCAGGCAAAUCCAAAUAUAUCAUCUGGCCCUACAUUUAAUAUGCAAAGAAAUGGUAUGGGUCAGUCUCCUCAAGAUGUUUCAAGGCAGCUUCAGUCUACAACAGUCAGUCAGAGUGAUAGACUGACUGGUGGUGUUUUUAACAGACCACCCUUAGAGGGCUUCCAUCAAUUAAGCGGACCUCUUCCAAUGAGACCUGGAACUGACUUGAGCAAUAGAAUAAGAGAACCUGCUCCCAGAAUGUUAGAAAUGAUGGGGAUGACACGGGCACCACCAUCAUUUGGACCAGUAGAAGGCUUGGCAAAUCCAAAUAGAAUGCGGCCUCCCCCUGGCACUGAAGGUCAAGGAUUUGAUUCAUCACAGCAUAUGAAUCAGGGAUCUUAUAGACUGCAGCAAGAAGCUGAUUCAAAUAGUUCCCAAAAUAAAAUGGGUCAGGCAACUCAUCCGCUUUUAUCACCUGGAGCAAUGAACAGCCAUGUAUUUGGUAUGGAAAACAGGCAGAAUUUGAAUACAUCUGGUCCGAGAGUGACAAGCCCCAGAAAUGUAUUUGAAGGAGAAGUUGGUCCACCAAGAGGUCCUGGCAUGUCACCUGCAGUGAACAUGGGAUGGGCUCCAAAUCAGGAGGGGAAGUCAUAUCACAUGACUCAUCCUCCACCCACCCUUGCCAACCUUCUCCAACAACACGCACCUGUUGACAUGAGGCUUAACAUGUCAGUCGAUCCAGCAACAGAUGUCCUCAAAUCCACUCUUGCAAGGCUUCCAAGUGGAGCACCUAUGCACAAUCCUCCCCCAUUAAAUCCUCGCAGUGCUUCUGGGGUUGGUCCACAUCCUGCUCUUCACUUGGGGAUGCUCUCCAGACCUUCCUCGCAACCUCCGCCAUCAAUCCCGCUCAAUCAGCCUCCUAGAGGGCAACCCCCUCCAUACUUGCCAGAGGGAAGUGAGAGUGAUGGUCCAGCAAGCAACACAUACUCUCUUUUUAGUCCCAUGAGUGGAAGCAACAUGGGGUUGGGGGCAGGCCCAAGCCAUACCGUCCCACAUCCACUGUAUCCCAGUAACUCACAGCCAAGUGGACAGCAGGCUGUAUCUUUUCUUUUUCAGUCGUUGUGGUCAGGCCCUGGUCCUUCUCCAUUAGAACGUCUCUUAGAACAGAAGAAAUACAGCAGUGUUCCGAAGUGAGGGAAGAUAACAUAAGGAAAACUGGAUUGGAUUCAUGUUUUGAAAAAAACACAAGACAUCAGUCACCAUGUAGCCCACCAUGUGUCUCAUAGCACAGUUGAGGCACAGUCCUUGUGACUUGGGUUGGGAAGAAUGGCACAAUACAGUGCUCCCCAAUAGAGCUUCCAGUGAGUGUGUGUGAAGUCUAUUUGACAUCCAUGUAUCAACCGCUGCUGGGCAGGGCAUCAAGGGGGAUGAUUAGUGCCAGCUGUUGUAGAGCAGAUGUCGUCGUGUCUUGGUGGUUGGGGCGCACAUAUCUGUAGAGCUCUGUUUAUGUUAUGUGAUGAGAAUUGGUUCUACAUCAAUCUCAACCUGGCAGUUAAUUUGUGUCGACCCCCAAUGCUGUCGACAAGAGAAGAAAAAUGGUAAAAUAAUUUAAUCAAUUGAAGUGCCAUGCAAGAAAUCUUUGUACUGCAGGAUAACCUCACAUGUUCAGUGCAUGAAAAAUUGUAGCUGUCGUUUUGCUUGAGAUAUUUCCUCCCAAAACUCCUGUGGCUAAAGUAACUGUACCAGUGUGUGAUAUGUAAGGGGUAGUAAAUCCGGUUACUUUUCAAGGAGUAUCAGAAUGAGCCAGUCUUACAUAGGAUAUGUACCAGUCGAGUCUUAGCCACAGAUUGUAGGUCUUUGUUCUUGGACUUUUUGUCAUAUUAUAGUCUAUAAUAAUUAUGUGAUAUGUUAAACAUGAAAAUAGAUUGGAUCUUAUGUGAUCUGUUUUGACAGCACGAAAUAACAGUAUCGUGUAUUAGUUUACAGAAACGCAAAAGUACUUAACCAUGUAAUUAAUGGUUUUUGUUCAAUAAUAGUUAAUUAUGUAAAGACAUAAUACAUUAUAUUUUGUUUUGUAUUGUACAUUCUAACUUGAGUGAAAAUAAACCUUCCACAAAGAUGGUAA